AUGAGGGAGGUCGACGCCUCCUCCUCCAUAGGGUGGGCAUCCCCCGACGUCUCGUUGCCACCAGACGUGUCGCUGAUGAAUAGGGAUGUGACAGGUGUGCUCGGUCUAAGUUGCUUCCAGAAAGUUACUGCCGCACUUCGUAUGCUCACAUACGGGAUUUCUGCUGAUGCUACAGAUGAGUAUAUUCGCAUAGGCGAAAGCACUGCGCUUGAGAGCCUACGUAGGUUCGUUGCUGCAGUUGUAGAAAUAUUUGAAGCAGAAUACCUUAGAUACCCCACUGAGGCUCACGUAGCACGCUUGCUGGCGGUCAAUGAGAAAAGAGGUUUCCCAGUCAUGCUAGGGUCCAUCGAUCGUAUGCAUUGGGAAUGGAAGAAUUGUCCAAUGCAAUCACAGGGGCAGUACAAGGGGCAUGUGAAUAGGCCAACUAUCAUUUUAGAAGCUGUUGCAUCUCAUGACCUUUGGUGUUGGCAUGCAUUUUACGGGAUGCCUGGUUCUCAUAAUGAUAUCAAUGUUCUUCACCGGUCUCCACUGUUCGACAACUUGGCGGAAGGUAGAGCUCCAGAGGUGAACUAUACCAUUAAUGGUCAUGACUACAAGAUGGGUUAUUUGCUCGCCGAUGGUAUUUACCCUCCAUGGGCGACUUUAGUCAAGACUAUCUCAUCUCCUAUGGGGAACAAGCAGAAAUAUUUUGCAACAGCACAAGAAGCACAAGAAGGCUAG